AUGUAACAAAGAAGUACAGAUUAUUUAUGGAGCAGAUAAAAUUCACAGUUACGUGCUGAUUCUAAGACAAAUCUUAUAUCUUAAUCGCAAGCCAGCCUACUAUCUAAACCGAACUUUUAAACUGGUUUGUUCUGAACUAAAUGAUCAUUUUGUCAGCAAUGAUUACAUGCAGAUGCAAACUGUGAUCCAUCCUCAUGCAGAACCAAACCAUGAAUUAGAAAAUCACAUUGAUCCAAUUACCAUUGUUCAUGCUCAAAUUAACAAGCAAAAAGUGGAUAUUCAUCAUUUAAAACUUAAGUCAACACCAAGUUUCUGGAAAAUAGAGAAACUACUGCCAUCACUUCUGCAAUCACAGCCACCAUCAUCUAAUAAUGAAGUUAAUACUGAAGGUUCAGUUGUUACUCAGUCUCAGAUGGACUCUGAUUCAGAAGAAGUAGAAUCGGAGUCAGUUGAAGUACAGCACAAAAAGUUCCAAGACUUGAACUGGACAUUUGUCUAUGCCCUUUCCAUCUCACUUCUGAAGUGA